AUGGCUGGUCUCGCGCUCGCGCCGAUGGCCAGCCGUGCGUCAAAGACGUGCAUCAAGGCCGCGGCGAUCUUCCCCGUCGCCUUCCUUUACCACCUCACCGCGCUCGCGUCCCUCCCGGUCCAGGUGUCGCUCGCGACGGCGCGCACAAUCGCGGGCGUCAAGGGCCGGGGAGUGGACGAGCUGUUCGCAUCCUUCUUCACGCCGCGCGGUACACCCGGGUCUGUGGAGGACGUCCAGCUCAUCGAGGGGCUGAGGGAGAGGCAUGGAGCCGCGAUGGCGGCGGUGAAAGAGCAGCUGGAUGAUAGCGAGACGCGAUACAAGGCUGUGUACGAGAAACUUCGCGAGUCCGAGCGCAUGCGACUCAAGAUGCAGAACAGGCUGGCGCACGCGCAGGAGGACCUCCGGGCCGCCAGGGGCGAACCCGCGAGCCCGCACUCGCCGGGCUCUUCGUUCCGGAGCGGUAAGGAUGCCGACGCCGACUACGAUCACGACAAGUAUCCCAUGUACGCGACGACUGUCCUGAUGUGCAUCGCGCUGUGGUACUUCUACGAUUUGCCGGAUGCCAACGUGUUCGACCGCAAGAUGGCGAUGAUCUAUGCUCCCGUCACCUGGCUGCUGGUCAUACCAGCCAAGCACCCGGCGCUGAACAAACUUUUGAUCCUCUUCAACCUGGUGUUCUUCGGGUAUCUCCUGCACAUUCUGGUGCAGUGGAGGAGGGAGUCGGCUGCGAUAAGCGCUACGGCUCCCUCGGCCGCGAUGACGUUCGCGGGGUGA